AUGGCUUUGGCUCCAAUGCUCCCGGGGCAAGCCAUUAAGACCGCAGGGAGUAUUUGGGCAAAAGCUAUAGAGCAAGCAAACGAGGAGAGGAAAAAGCCAGGCGCCGACGGCCGAGGUGAUGCGUACUGCUACUUCGUGGGGUCAAGGGCGUCAGGGAAGAGCACCUUGCUCAAUCGCUUCCUCUAUCCAACUCGCGCUGAAGUUCCAAAGCCUUCUGAGGGUAUAGAGUACACGUAUGCGCGCAAGCCCGCUGCAUACGAUCAUGAGAAGAAGGACUUGGCGCACAUAUGGGAGGUCGGCGGCAGCCAGGAGUUUGCAGAGGAGAUUGCCAACUCAGAUCAGCUGUUCUUGACAGCGAAGCAGGUGACAACAGCCGUGGUGGUCAUCGUGGUGGACUUGUCGGACCCGGCUGGCAUUCUGCCCACUUUGUUGUAUUGGACGGAGCAGGUCAAGAAGAAGCUCACCGCGACGUACGAGAAGUUUGAGAAGAAGGGGCUACAGCUGCCAGAGCAGCUCCGCCAGCGUGCCAAGUCUAAGCUAUACGCCAGCAAUGAGGACAAGGACGCCGUGUACCAUAGCGGCAUCUCGCUGGUCAUUGCGGCGACGAAGUACGACGUGUUCAAGACCUCGGAUCCUGAGGUCAAGAAGGUCAUGUCCCGAGUCCUGCGUUACAUUGCGCACGCACAUGGUGCCUUCCUCUGCUACCUGAGCGGCCUCCACGGCGGCGGCGGCGACGGCAGCGCCGCCGAGGACGCUGCGUUGCUCGACAACUUCACGAGGCUCAUGAACCACCUCAUCUUCACGGGACUGGAGAAGAAGCCAGUGCUCAAGAUGCAACCCAUGUCGGACCACAAUGGGCCCAUCAUGAUGCCGGCGGGAGCAGACACAUUCAAAUCCAUCGGCAGGCCGCGCGGCGCAGCGGAGGGUAGCGUGACGGCCGGCUUGGCGGAGUGGCGCGAGCUAUUUGAAAAGAUGUUCCCCGGCGUGCGUGAGAAGGAGGCCAAGAUGUCCGCCAAGGGAGCUAAGUUCGUUGAUGCCGUGCGGCACCGGAAGCUCACGGAACUGGACAACUUCCGCAAGGAGCAGGUGGCGGCUGUGGAGGCCGCGAAGAAGAAGGCACUCAUGGCAAAGGCCCAGCAGCAAGACGCAGCUGCCAAGAAAAAGGCAGCAGCUCCAGCUGGAGGUGCCAAGCCUAACGGCACAUCCAAGGUGAAGGCGUCUGGUGAUCCCACGACACCUCGCCGGCCUUCGGGGGCCGGGGCCUCUUAA